ACGCCCCCUCUUUUUUCUGCCACGUGGGUGCCUUUGCAGGAGGAGUGGUCACAUCAGUGUUUCUCUGGGUACAGGUAAUACAGCCAGAGUACAGGCUAGCACUGAAUGUUCAUAUAGCACCGCAGACUAAUAAUGUUACCUUUGUCGCUGUUGAAGGCUGCUCAAGGCCAUCCCAUGCUUGUGGAGCUGAAGAAUGGAGAGACAUACAACGGCCAUCUUGUCAACUGUGACAACUGGAUGAACAUUCAACUAAGAGAAGUCAUCUGCACCUCCCGAGAUGGCGACAGGUUUUGGAAGAUGCCUGAAUGCUUUAUCAGAGGCAGCACGAUCAAGUACCUCAGAAUACCCGAUGAGGUGAUCGAUAUGGUGAAAGAAGAAACCUUCAUGCCAAGGAAGUCUGGAAGGGGUGGGGCUGGAGGCCAUAGGGGACGAGGAGGAAGAGGAGGAGGUGGCGGUAGAGGUCGCGGAGGUCCAGGGAGGAAGAGGCAAUGAAAACGAGAUCACAUGACAUUCACAUGAUUAGCUAGGACACAUAAUUAUCUUUGUUCUCUUCUCUGUACAUUAUACAUAGCAAUUCCUUAUUCUGCAGUUCUGUAAUGAUGAUGUAAUAAUCAUUAUUUGUUAUCUGUAAUUUCAUGAUUUUGUAGUGUUUACACAGUCCUCUAUUUAGCUAUAAUUAUAGUUUAUGCUUUUCGAGGCUGAA